GGGGUGGAUUUCCGGUUGACUCGUUGACUAUUUGACUUGUUCUGCUCUGCUAGGCUUUCUUCCUUAUUAUCUUUGUGCGACAUAUAACUACGAUUCACAACCCCCCCAACCGACCGACAGUUACCCCCUGCUUUUUCUAAAAUCCCUUCUCAUUGCUUUUUCUUUCUUGGUCUUGGCAAGUUAGGCUUUCCAUCGAUAGUCGCUUUUGAAGAUCGAGUUUCCUUUUUUUUUUUUUUUUUGUUUCUCUCACACCUCUGCACACGCCCGUCAUGUCCCCUCCCAGCAGCGAGAAAGGCGGGGCCAGCGUGGACCGCAUCGAGGACAUCACGCAGGCCAGCCCCAGUCCCCACGAUGUCGACCACGACGAGGAGUACUCCUACGCGGAGCAGCGCAAGAUCAUCCACCGGAUCGAUCGCCGGCUGGUGACCAUCACCGGUCUGGCGUAUUGUAUUUCCCUAAUGGAUCGGACGAACUUGAGCAUGGCUGCUGUCGCGGGCAUGACGAAAGACCUGCAGUUGACGGUUGGGACACGCUAUUCGGUGAUCGUGCUCAUUUUCUUUGUUCCCUACGUGAUCUUCCAGCCGCCGAUGACGGUGGUCACUCGCAAGUUUGGGCCGACGAUCUUUCUGGGCAGUAUUGUUAUCUCUUGGGGGGCGAUUCUGGUGGGAAUGGGGUUUACGAAGAAUUGGAAGCAGAUGGUUGCUUGUCGGUUCCUCUUGGGGAUUCUGGAGGCUGGGUAUUUCCCGGGCUGUGUGUAUCUACUUUCCAGUUGGUACACGAGGUUCGACGUGCAGAAGCGCUUCUCCAUCUUCUACCUUAUCGGCUGCGUCGCCUCUGCUCUGGCCGGAAUCCUCGCGUUCGGGCUGAUGCAGAUGGAAGGGCUGCAGGGCUUGCGCGGCUGGCGAUGGAUCUUCAUCAUGGAAGGUGUCAUCACCGCGGUCAUCGGGGUCCUCACUCUGAUCUUCCUGGUCGACUUCCCCGACCGAGCCCACAAGUCCUGGCGCUUCCUGACCGAGAAGGAAAGCUCCUUCAUCGUCCGACGCAUCAACCGCGAUCGGUCGGAUGGCAACGAAGAGCCCUUCUCGCUGAAGCGGUUCUUGUCUCCCGCUCUGGAUCUCAAGAUCUGGGGGUUUGCGAUGAUUUUCUUGUACCCCC